AUGCCAGCGGGCCAUGACAGCGCACGAUGCGUUACUGAGUUGCUCUUGCAAUCUGACGUCGCGGAGCAGUUUCGAGCGGGUUCCAGGCCAGCCCGAGACUUCGAGUUUGCAGGGCAGCACGUUUCGCGCUCGGCGGCGACGCCCGCUGCCACGCCGGAGUGCGACGGGCAGGCGGCCCCGGUGGCCCUGGGGCAGGACGGCGUUGACGCGGACUCCGCGCAUGGCCUCAGCCUAGCGUUGAACUUGAGCAGCAAGGGCGCUCCGGAGUGGCUGGGCGAGGAGAGCUCGAGCGUCAGCGACGGGCCGUCAUCGCAGGGCACGCGAGAUCCCAGCGCGAGCAACAGGUCUGCGAGCGCCGACACCGGCGACGCCCGGCAAAGGGCGCGUUGGGAGGGCCGACUUGAUCGCAGCUUGGAGCGCCCAGCCCCGGCAGGCGGCGCUGCGGGGCGAGCCCUGUCGGCGAUGCCCGAAGAGGCCGACGGCGACUUCUCCGGCCACGUCCAGCAGGUGAUGUCGGCAGCUUGGCGGGAGGUCGAGGGCGCGGAGGAUCUGCCCCAGGAGCUACAGAUGCACGGGGUGGCCCUUCGCGUCGCGCGGCACAUGCCGGAGAAAAACACGUGUAACGUAGGUCAAUUUUCUGGACUUGCGGAUUCUAAAGCAGACUCCGUCGCGAGUAUUUGCGUCCCGGCGGGCUUCGACGGGGCCGACGGGCCCUUGUUCCAGCCGGACACAGCGGCUUGGCAGAAAACCGCGGCCCUCGUCGAGGGCGAGUUUGACGUGAUCUGGAAGGGCAAGCGCGGCGACAUGGAGGUGCGCGAGAGGAAGAGGCAACUGUCCGAGUUUUCUGAGGACGUGCGCCUGGACAGGUGCGCGAGGUCGGGGAACGCGGAGGACCACGUGCAGUUGGGUGAGACUGCGGGCAAGGAGGCAAGUGAGGCAGGAGAUCAGACAUCAGGGACAGAGAUGUCCCCGGUCUACCUCGCGGCGCCCCACAGAGACGCGGACCGCGCUUCAUGUGACAGGUUGCGGCCACCCGAUCCAGUGGGCGGCCGCGCUGCUCCGCUGUCCAGCAUGGCUCCAGGCCCGCCGGACGGCCGCGCGCCACGGGCGCCGGCCCAGCGGCAGCGGGACGCGGCCGCGCACGGCGGCGCGCCCACAGGCCCGCGAGGCGGUCAGCUGCGGGCUGGAGGCAAGCCUGACGCCCUGCACGCCCCGUCCGAGGAGUGGAUCACCUACCAGGGCCGCGCCUCACACCUGCAGAUCGGCGCCAGCGUUCCGCUGCAGCUGGAGAUGUGGCUCGAGGACGGAGUCACGAAGGGCUUGUGGUGCAUGCUGGGGCUGUGCGGCGACGUCUGCGAGGAGGGGCUCGUCGGGGACGUCAGGGCCUUUGCGCUGCGCUCCGACCAGGGCAUCCACAUGAGCUUCUGCGGGAGCGAAGGCGCGGACGGCCUUUGGUCGGGGGGGCUGGUCUACAACCAG